UUUCGUAGCUUUAAAUUUUUAUUUUUUUCUAUUCCCCCCAAGCUUUCUACUUCAUUGACAAUUCUUUCAGCCAGUCGCCUACCAUGGCAGACACGACGACAACGAAUGAUUUGUCGGACGACCAAAUCGAACAACUCCUCAAGGAAGCUGAAUUAAGAUUGCAAGCGAAACAUCAAGACCAGGAUGGCAAAGCCGUUACAGUUCCCUCCAAGUCGGAUGUCGCAAAGGUCCCCGAAUCAGAGGCCCCGAAGCUAAAGCUAGCUAACUCAACUACCUCAAAGGGCAAUGCCAACACAUCUGGAGAGUUGUCAGUGAGAGUACCCGAGGUUCGACGGCCCAAAAAAGAAAUGGCUGUCAAGGCAGAUGCUGGACCGUCUUGGUUCAACCUUCCCCGAACCGAUCUUACCCCUGAACUCAAGAAAGACUUGCAAUUAUUACGCAUGCGCGAUGUAUUGGACUCGAAGCGAUUUUACCGCAAGGACAGUUCGAGAGCUCUUGUGCCCCAAUUCUCAUCGGUUGGGACUAUAAUUGAGGGCCCGACCGACUUCUAUACCGCAAGACUGACUAAGAAGGAGAGGAAACGUACUCUUCUUGAAGAGGUUCUGGAAAGUGAAGACAUUACUCGUAAAUUCAAGAGCAAGUAUGGUCAGAUUCAAGACGUCAAGACAAGCGGCAAGAAAGGUCAUUACAAGAAGAUGAUGGAAAAACGAUAUGGUCGCAAAGGUUGAGCUCCACCUUGAAGAAAGAGUGUAGAUCAUCAUCAUUUGCGCAUGGCAUAAUGCGCACGAGUCUGGAGCACGUACAGCUUAGAGACUUAUCUCUAUCUAGUAUGGGUAUACUAGUAUACCUAGGUACCUACUACUAAGGAACCAAGUAGUCGCCUGGUAGCCAAUGCUUAUCCAAGGAGUCAUACGAGUAAGUGAUUCUAUCAGGAUGUUAGAAUUGCAUACCGUACUAAUACAACAUAGCGACUACUAAGGGAAUCGGGAAUCAUGAUUCGCAUGCUAAUGCAUAGCGCAUGUCCCAACCCGAGGAGUAGGGUCGAAUUGUCUGUACUUAGGCUCGGAAUUCCGAUAUGGUGGGUGGUAACACCAAAGCCCAGGUUUUAAGUGAAAUUGACCUGAGAUGAUUUGGCGCCACAUAGAACACCUUGAUGCUAGAUAGGUAUACCAUCUAUUAAUAAAUCAGUAAAACGUGUGCCAUUGUUUUCCUCGAUCGUUAUCAUGUAGGGUAUUAGUGACUAGUUUCUGAGACAUCUUCGAAUCCUAAAAGAUUAUGAACCC